CCUUGCGCCACACAUACUCUUUAGUCCAUACAACCACAUACGUCUCGAGCACUUGGUACCCGUACAUUAAUGGAGUGGAUUUGAAGCCAACGCAGGACCAUGACGAUAUACGGAUCUUUCAAGAUCUUAAUGGCGAAGUCAAAAUGGACAUUUUGGCACCAACUGCAGUGCUACUUUGUUUCUUUCAUCUAGUCACAGUGGCCGGUAGGACAGAGGUGCGAGUCUUGGUGCCUCCUGUGGUGAGGCGAGGCUCCACCGUCACUCUCCUCUGCCUCCACAACGUCUCCAGCGACAAUCUCUACUCCGUCAAGUGGUACCGGGGAAAUUACGAGUUCUACCGGUACGUUCCACGAGAGAGACCUCCAGCGUCUUCCUUUCCUCUGCCUGGCCUUGAAGUUGAUAUGAACGGGUCAAGCGGACAACAGGUGACGGUAAGAGUGCUGAAUCGUCACAUCUCAGGACAGUUUACUUGUGAGGUAUCAGCUGAGGAGCCUGACUUCAGCACCAACAGGGACUCGGCUAAUCUCACAGUCUUGGAGAUCGGGCUGCGCAAGCCGCUCUUGAUACCUGCUAGCAGUGUCCACGUGUCUGGCACUCCCAUGCAGAUUAACUGUUCGGCCCAACCCACCGUACCACCACCUCAUAUCUCCUUCUACAUCGACGACAUCAAGGUAGAGAAGACACAGGUAAGGACAGUAAAGCCUGGGUUGGCUGUCCUGGAGGUCCUGCGAUUGUCUGAGUUCGAAGGUCCUCUGUGGAUUCGAUGCGAAGCGUCCGUUAGCGGCGUCUACCAUCUGAGCAGCGCCAGCAUACCGAUCCUGGAGCAGAUUCCAUUGCUAGGGCAGUCUAAUGGUGUGCCUUUGAUAUCGACGCUUUCUACUUGUAUUUUUCUGCUGCACUUUCUUCUCAUGGUCCAGUACAAAUUAACUAUGUAAAUAAACUCUAGUUCCUUAUUUAUAUGUAGACCAUAAUUAUGGUUAAUGUAAUGUUAUAAUAACGUUUAAUUACCCUUCUAUAGUUACCUAUAUUUUAUUUAUUUUUGUAUUUUGAUAUUCAGUUGAAACUGAUUGUUCUAGUAAAUUAUUGUACUGAUUUAUUCUUGCGAAUCGAGGCUGUGAAUGUUGAGAAAUGGUAUAUAAAGAUAUUGCACAUGUAAAAAUGCGCUGAUUGACAGACAUCAAAUUUGUCCAGUACAAUAAAAGAUGUCGAUAACAA